GUUCAGCAGGAUAUAAAUUGCAGCAUCUUGUGCCCAGGGUAUUGGACCCCCCGAUGUGAAACCGGCUUGUUGGAGUCAGACACAGUUGGACACAGAAUGAAGCCCUUCGUUACAAUUGUGCUUGUGAUGUGCAUUUACCUGCCAGGAUCGGACAGUAUAGGAAUGUACGGGAAAUCAGUGCAUUUCCCAGCCAAGACAGCCAACAGCUUCGUCAGGUUGCAUGCACCUGAUUUCUCCAGUUUGACUGCUUUUACUGUCUGCCUCAGGGCAGCCUCUGAAGAGACUCGCAAUUACGGUUUGUUCUCCUACGCAACAGACUCUAACCCCAAUGAACUGCUGCUUUGGCAAGAAUCUAAAACACAUCUCCGGGUGGAAUUAGGAAACCAAAAAAUUACGUUUAGCCUCCCAGAAAUGAAUGCUUUACUGAGACACAUCUGUGUGACCUGGGAGUCUCACGAGGGUGAGAUAACAGUCUGGGUCAAUGGGAGACGCAGUGUACGGAAGGUUGGUGGAAAGGGUCAGGUUGUGAAAGGGCUUGGUCAGUUUAUUCUAGGUCAGGAACAAGACUCAGUCGGUGGAGGAUUUGACAUCAAUCAGUCCUUUGUCGGAGAGAUAACUGAUGUUCAUAUGUGGGAUCAUGUUCUACAGCACAAUGAUAUUAAGAAGGUCAGUCAGGGUUGUCUCAGGUAUGGAGGGAACAUCAUUGACUGGGGAUCAACACAUUAUACAUUUGAAGGGAUUGUGGCAAUUGAAGACAAUAAGGAUUGCCCACUUUGAAUACAGUAAACAUUAAUAUGUGCAGAGAGGAACUCAAUUACCUCAAACUGCUCUAGCUGAAUACGACCUUGCUUUGCGAUCUUUCCUCUCUAAACCAGAUCAGUAGUAGAAGUAGUGAUGUUGAUUCCUAAAUAAAGGGCUGUUAACAUCAGGGUAAGGGACAACUCACUGAGUCCUUCCAGUUUAUCUUCAAACUCAGUACACAAGAGUCGCGGCCAUUCUCCGUCACACGUUGAGAAAGGGAUGGGGAGCGGUGAACCAUGGUGGAUGUCUACAGGGAUCAGCAGGGUGUAAACACCAGGGCACUGCCUCACACACUGACCCAGUUAAAAGGUGCAGCAGUACAGAGCGGUGUCCAGUGCAUUUGGUGCCAUCUCUCUGACACACACAUGGAGACAAGAAAGUGUCAGGGGCACGGGGGUGGUGGUGACGGGCAGACACGGACUGUGGGAAAGUCCCUGUGGUGGAGGCUGAUCCUGUCUUGAUUUAGAUUGUGCUGAUUGGAAUUAUUACUGUGUCUCUCUCUGUAUUACCCUGUUGAUUUCACAUUGUUUGUUACACCAAGGUUUGGGAAGCUCACAAUGUGUUCUGUGCUUCCAGUGAUUGUGAAUGAACUGUAACAUUGCAGUUUAAUAAACGAGCAUCAAAACAAAAA